CCAUGGCGCGGUGAGGGAGCGGGGGUGGGGAUCGGUCCCGGGGAGGCCUGGGGCCGCUGGGUUGCGCGCGGUCUCUGCCGCCCCCCCUUUCGCCGCCGCCGCCGCCGCCGCCCCGGGCAUGUCGUCCAACUGCACCAGCACCACGGCGGUGGCGGUGGCGCCGCUCAGCGCCAGCAAGACCAAGACCAAGAAGAAGCAUUUCGUGUGCCAGAAAGUGAAGCUAUUCCGGGCCAGCGAGCCGAUCCUCAGCGUCCUGAUGUGGGGGGUGAACCACACGAUCAAUGAGCUGAGCAAUGUCCCCGUCCCUGUCAUGCUAAUGCCAGAUGACUUCAAAGCCUACAGCAAGAUCAAGGUGGACAAUCAUCUCUUCAAUAAGGAAAACCUCCCCAGCCGCUUUAAGUUUAAGGAGUACUGCCCCAUGGUGUUCCGAAAUCUCCGGGAGAGGUUUGGGAUUGAUGAUCAGGAUUACCAGAAUUCGGUGACACGCAGUGCCCCUAUCAACAGUGACAGCCAGGGCCGAUGUGGCACGCGUUUCCUCACCACUUAUGACAGGCGCUUUGUCAUCAAGACAGUGUCAAGUGAGGAUGUGGCUGAGAUGCACAACAUCUUAAAGAAAUACCACCAGUUCAUAGUGGAGUGUCACGGCAACACCCUUUUGCCACAGUUCCUGGGCAUGUACCGCCUGACCGUGGACGGUGUGGAGACCUACAUGGUGGUGACCAGGAACGUGUUCAGCCAUCGGCUCACUGUGCACCGCAAGUAUGACCUCAAGGGAUCUACUGUUGCCAGAGAAGCGAGUGACAAGGAGAAGGCCAAGGACUUGCCAACAUUCAAAGACAACGACUUCCUCAAUGAAGGGCAGAAGCUGCAUGUGGGAGAAGAAAGUAAAAAGAACUUCCUGGAGAAACUGAAACGGGAUGUUGAGUUUCUGGCCCAGCUGAAGAUCAUGGACUACAGCCUGCUGGUGGGCAUCCACGAUGUGGACCGGGCAGAGCAGGAGGAGAUGGAGGUGGAGGAGCGGGCUGAGGACGAAGAGUGUGAGAACGAUGGGGUGGGCGGCAACCUGCUCUGCUCCUACGGGACCCCCCCAGACAGCCCUGGCAACCUCCUCAGCUUCCCCCGGUUCUUUGGCCCUGGGGAAUUUGACCCCUCUGUUGACGUCUAUGCCAUGAAGAGCCAUGAAAGUGCUCCCAAGAAGGAGGUCUAUUUCAUGGCCAUCAUCGAUAUCCUCACGCCAUAUGAUGCUAAGAAGAAAGCUGCACAUGCUGCCAAAACAGUGAAACAUGGGGCAGGAGCCGAGAUCUCGACUGUGAACCCUGAGCAGUACUCUAAACGCUUCAACGAGUUCAUGUCCAACAUCCUGACGUAGUUAUCUUCUCCUUUCAGCCAGAGCCAGAGAGCUGGGUGUGGUGUCGGGGAUCGGGAUUGGGAGAGGGUAUAUUUGGGCUAGAGAAGAGGGUGGGGAGCCAAAGUGGGAGGAAGGGGAGGGUUUUAGCCAUGGGGCUGCGGCCUGUGACACUGAAAGGUACACUCAAGCUGAGGGGGAGGUGACUGUGCUGUGUACACGUGCUCACAGGAUGUGACCUCCCUGCUGCUUACCUUUGAUUUUUUUCCCCAUUUGACCCAGGUUUAAAAGGGGUUCCCUUUUUGUUACUAAGAUACCUUGGGACUAGAGACGGCUAUGUGGGUUUAUUUGGGUUUUGUUUCUGAAAUUUCAUUGCUCCCAGUUUGCUAUUUAUAAUGAUGUGUGUAUCACCCAUGCCCCUUCCCCAUCCUUGCCCAGCUCUCAGUGCUCUUCGGUUAAAGGGUGCCCCAUAGACCCAGCACCGAGGGUCCUCUCUGAGCAAAGCUCUCUGAUGCCAGAGAGGAGAGGUCAGACACCCUAGCUCUGCUGCAUUUGAUCUCGUCUGGACUAACUUUUUAAUUUUAUGGAGUAUUAUACACAAGUUCCUCUGCCUUUCCACCCUGGUUACAAGUGAAAUGUUACAUUAUUCCUCCAUCUAAAUGCUCUCAUCCUGAAGGAACACUCCAGGUCAACACCAGGCAUCUUGGAUCAGGAUCAAAGAUCUCCAAGGGGAGUGAGCUCCUCCUCAUGGGGCCCCAGGGGCUGGGGGAGCCACUGAGCUCCUGGACAGCUGGUCUCUGCGAGCCUGUCAUCAUCACCCCAGCCUGUGGGCUCUCAGAUGUCUUCUCUGUAAAGCCUGCCUCCACUGGGUCAAGAGGAACAAGAAAGCACCUUUGAAUAUAACAGGACCUUUGUGUUUUUAAAAUGGUUUUUUCCCUUUGGGAAAACCCCAAAAGCUGAUGAAUAUCAAGAGGGGUUUGCACCCUCCAUCCAUUUCCUUCCUUCUGACCUCCUCCCAGGAAUGCUCACUUGUAGCUGAGCUUUUAGCUGGGGGCAGAUCUCUGAGCGCCUUGGAUGCUCUCUGCAGAGGUACCUCUUCAAGCCCCAGGGCUACCAUGUAGAUAAUCUGGCUUCCUGUGCCCAUGUUUGUCACUUGGACAGUUACAGAAUCCUGGAACUCCUCAGGUCAGCCAGCAAGGAGUGAUGCCUCCCCACCUUGGGUAUUGGGGUGGCCAAGCCUGAAGUUGCUUCCAAAUCCCUUCAGGACCUGACCUAGGAAAUCCAAUUUGGAGGCUUGUGGGGUUUCACCUGGCCGCAGCCUUGGGGCUGUCUUUCCUUCAUGGCCCCCGUCUAGACUUCUAGUGAGUCUGCUGCCCACUGGCUUCCUCAGCAGAAGGCAUCCUGCAGCUUCCUUCAGGGUCUCCACCCACCUUCAGCGCUUGCCUCCCAGGCCCUCAGAAUUGAGCCAUGAAUGGUUUGUGAUGCCAUCAGAGUAGUCUUGCCUGGCUAGGAGAGAAAAAGGCCCUGUGGCUGUGCAAGAGAUGGUAAAACUUGUAGGUAUCCCCAAAGAUGCGAAGAUGGUUUGUAGAACCAUUUUGGAUGAAUGAUCAGUUUCCUGUGGCUCCUCCCAAAGCUGGCCAAGCUCAGCUUCUGGAACAGGAACCAGCACUGCCUCUGGUGCCCUCUCUUUGGGAGUCUUUUCACAGCAUUUAGAUCAGAAAAGAAUGGAGACAGCAUUCUUGGACUCUGCUGGGGCUGAGAGAUGGGGUGGGAUUCCUUCCGAAAGAGACAGACCGGGGCAAACCACUGCCCCAGGAAGGGGCCCCAUAGCUCUGAACAUCUGCAGCACGAUCACGAAGUAGCUUGGGGAAGGACUUGGAACCAAGUGGCUCAUGAAGAAAACAAAGUUGACUAAGGAAAGGGAUUGUGUAGGAAUAAUCUUUGGACUUGAUUCCCCCCAUUUCAUAAUCAAGAAUGAAAAUUUGGAUCUGCUCCUAGUCAGGCCCAGCAUCUCCAAAGCUUGGAAGGCUGCACUCCAGUUGCCACCACAGCCUUGGACGCCCACCUGGUUCUCCACCUGGUCUGCGGAUCAUGUUGCCAUCGUGUGUAGGAAAGGUGUAGCCUGAUCUUACCAUCUAAAGAUGAACUACCAGGCAUCUAACUUCUUUAACAUUGAGUUUUUGUUUUUAUGUGUUUCUGUUUUUUGUUUUUUUUGUUUUGUUUUGUUUUGUUUUUGUAUAUUGUUUACAUUUUGAGAGGUAGCACUCUGUUUCAAAUGCUCUUUUGUUUUUCUGACAGUAUUGUUGAUUGGUUCGCGACAUUUGAGCUGUAGUUUGGUGGAUUUCAGGUUUUUUUUUUAAAGGUCACUCACCUUUUCUCCCUGUACUAUCUUGAAGACCUUGGGUUUGUCCCUCUAAUUCCUUUGGCAUUCAAAUGUUUAAAAGCUAUUUAUCUUGGUUUAUACAAUUUUAUUUUCUUCUUUUUGUAAUGAUGAAGAUACUCUAUUUGGUUUGCAAUCUAAAGGUAGAGAAAGUGAACUGAUCUCCCAAGGUUUUGUCUGCCCCCACUCUUUUCUCCUUGAGUGUCCCACCUUUCCUUUUCUGUGAAAGGCAUAUGAGGGACAGUAGCUACCCUCACCUUCACCCUCUGGGGCCAUGAUAGAAAGCUGAAGAGUCUUAUAGCCUCCUAGAAUAAUUUUGGGUCCCCCAAGAACAAAGGCAUAAGAACAGGACAUGACUGGUUGGCUGAGGCCUGGAUGGGGUAAGGGCCGGGCUCCUCACCAUCCCACUUAAGGAAUAGCAUUCAGUCACGACCUCUCCAGUUCCCACCUCCCUUCUUCCAAGAGUCUAUGCUGAGAAAACUGUCUCCCAGAUCUCCCAGCCAAAGAGUGGUGUUCUCUGAAGACUCCAUUUGGAAGACCACUAGAUGAAGGCCUCUGGCCCUUCUUCCUGUUAAUUAACCACUAAGUCUUUGUGUCCCCAGCACCAGCUCAUUCUCUGCACCCUGCGGUUGGGGGGACACAGCAUGCUGGGAGCCCCAGGAGUGUGGACUGAAGCAGUGCUCAGUCUCUCCUAAUCUAGCUCAGGGCUUACUGGUCUGUGGCUGGGACCAGGAGUCAUCCCUGUGGCUGUUUUCAGUGGCCCUCUAAAAGUUCCCACCACAGGCAGCUCCCUCCCCUGUCCCUCUUCCUAUUGUGCUUUUCCCUCUUGCCUGCAGGCCUCAGACAGGUCCCCUGGUAGUGCUCAGGGCAGUGCCCCAGACUCCUCCCCUGGGGAGGUGGGCCAGAGACCCAGGACUUUCUCAGUAGCCAAUCCUACUCUCCAGUUGUCUGUUGACCAUUUCAAGUUGGGAGGGAUUCAAAAACUUCAGCACCCCUCUAGCACGUAAGCAACUCAGGUGUUGGGGGCUGGAAGGGACAAUGUGUUUAAACAACCCUCGGAGCUCUGGCCUUACACCUGUGUCCUCCACCCCACCCCACCCCCAUCCCCCAAGUCAAGGGACCUCACCUCUUUCUGGCAGUAAUGUGGAGUUGGGCCCCGCCUGAGCACAAGGAUCAAAGGGAAAACAACAUUCAGGCAACUGCCCCCAAGUCUGCCAGUUAUUCUGUAGGGGGCAGUGACACGGCCCUAGCCCUCCUCUGAGAUGUGCCACUUAACGAAGAGUGCCCCUGAGGGGAAAGGGAGACUUAGCCAUCCUUCCACAGGCUGUGCUGAGAUCCCAGAAGGAGGCUUGAGAGGAAAUUUCCAGUGAGGUGAGAGCCACAGGCUUUGUGGGAAGGCCCCAUGCUGCUCAGCACACCCCAGCGGCAGGUGGGUCACUGCAGUGAAAAACUGUGAACGACGAUGUAGAGUCAACUUUUGAGGGAGCUGGAUAAACUACCAACCCAUCAUAUGUAUGUGACUUCUUGAUUUCCCACUGCAGUUUCCAUUUUUUAAAUAGGAAUUUUCAACCCUCUGUGCUUGUCUAAUGUCUGCUCGGAACAGUUCGAGACCCUGUUACUGUUUUAAAAUGCAUGCCGGUUAAGAUGAAUCUCCAACCCGAGGGAAAAAUAAAACUCAAAAAGCUUUGUGUA